AGUUACCAGUAAAGAGCCCAAGACACCGUUUGCGCUGCAAUUUGCUCCUGCCUAGUCCUGGGGUACAUUCCCAAGUUCCCAACUUUGCUCCCAACUUUGCUGUGUCGUCGCCAUGUCUGUAGAGCUCAAACUGUCCCGAUUCAACCGCAUCUAUCGCCCUAGCGAACCACUUGAAGGCAAAAUCAUCAUAAAGCUUCCAUCGUCGAUCUCCCACAAUGGAAUCCGCCUCACUCUCAGUGGAUCAGUCAAUUUGCAGGUCCGUGGUGGAUCGGCUGGAGUGAUCGAGUCCUUGUACGGUGUUCUCAAGCCAAUCUCCAUUUUGAAUAAGAGUGUUGAGGUCAGAUCUUCUGGAAGGAUAGGUUCAGGUACAACAGAGAUACCAUUUUCAGUGGCUAUGAAACUUCAAGGAGAUGAAAAUUUAGAAGCAUUUUAUGAAACCUUUCAUGGAGCAAACAUCAGUAUCCAGUAUCUGGUAACUGUAGAUAUACUGAGGGGAUACCUUCACAAAUCAUUGUCUGCUACCAUGGAGUUCAUAAUUGAAAGUGAAAAAGCUAAUCUCCCUGAUCAACCAGCAUUAUCUCCUGAAAUGAUCAUGUUUUACAUUACUCAAGACACACAAAGGCACACAUUACUUCCUGAACUGAAAUCAGGUGGUUUUCGGGUAACUGGUAAAAUUUGCACUCAGUGUUCGUUGUCAGAAGCUAUUAGUGGGGAGCUAACAGUUGAAGCGUCUGCAGUUCCUAUUUGCUCCAUUGACAUCCACUUGUUUCGUGUUGAGUCAAUUCUGGCUGGGGAGAAAAUCAUGACUGAAACUUCUUUAAUUCAGACUUCACAGAUAGCAGAUGGAGAUGUUUGUCGUAAUUUGACUCUUCCCAUCUAUGUCAUACUUCCCCGUCUUUUGACUUGCCCAACAAUAUACGCUGGUCCAUUCUCAAUAGAGUUCAAAGUUUUAAUUGUUGUCACCUUCCAGUCAGGGCUAUCAAAAUCACGGUCAAAAUUUGAUCCAAGAACUCCUAGACUGUGGGUGGCAAUGGAAAAUGUACCCCUGGAAUUGGUUAGGACGAAGUGAGACCACUGGUGAUUUAUGGGAAAUCAUUAUGACAGAUUUGCCGAACGUCUUGGGGGAGAUAAACUAAUGCAAGUGAGGAAGCUUCGAAAGCAUAUCUAGUUAGGGCAUGUGCAACAGUAUUACUUGCCUUGUGAUGGUGAUAAAUUGAUCAUGGUUUGACUCUAUGCAAUUCUUACUGAUAGCAGAGCCAUGGGAGAUCAUUGUAAUUCAUGUUCCAAUACUUAAAAAAGGAUAAAUUGCUUUGAGACUCUUUUCGGUGAUUUGAACUAUUUGUACAGAGAUUCUUCGUAAUUUAAAAAUUGCUUUGAAAA